AUGCGCAAGUCGGCCAGGCGAAGCAUCAAAUCAGUUGCAACCAAUCCACUUGCCAUCCAAACCAAGGAACGCCUUUCCCCGCCUCUUUGGCAAGGAACGCUUCGGGGCAAUGCCAUGGUGAUUGGCUGUGCAGACUUGGCCUUUGCAUGGCACACAAUCAUGGAGCCAACAUGUGCCAACAUGGACUCUGGAGAAGAUCAUGCGUGGGCCCACCGGUGGUGCUCAUCAUGGAUGGCAAGACGGCGGCGCUUGGCUCCAUUUGCUCCCCCAGCUUGGGACGGGUCCGAAUGCGAUGCCAUGCUAGUCGCCCAUGCCCAUGGACUGGGAAAAUUUGUCAACGGACCUGCUUCCAUAAGGGCUUUGUACUCGUUGCUCCAGGGCUAG